GUGCUCUGGAAGGCUAAACAAGGACGGGCAAUCCUCAAGGCCUUACUAGAUCUGCACACUAAGCUACUAUGCAGCAGCAGAUGCUUUUCCGUUUUGGAGUUGUAAUUACUUUGAACCAUUCAGAUAAUGAGCUUCUUGUACUGGGAUCUCGAAAAGAAAUGGGAAGCUGGGACCCACAGUAUGCUGUACCAAUGAAGCCUACUCGUUGCCCACUGUCUACCACAGAACCAUCCUUUUGGGUAGGGGAGGUGCUUCUAGAGGAACCCUACACUGAUACCUUCUGGUUUAAGUUCAUCAAGAAAGAAGCCGGAGCUUUAAUUUGGGAAGGAAAUGGACCUCAUCAUGACCGUUGCUGUGUUUAUGAUGACAGUAACAUUGUGGACGGUGUUUAUUGCCAUCCAGUAGGACACUGGAUUGAAACCACAGGGCAUACCAAUGAGAUGAAGCACACAACUGACUUCUACUUCCAUUUUGCAGGCAAUCAGGCCAUGCAUUUCUCCAGAAUUCUACCAAACAUUUGGCUGGGAAGUUGCCCACGGCAACUGGAACAUGUGACUGUGAAGAUGAAGCAUGAAUUGGGAGUUACUGCUGUGCUGAACUUCCAGACUGAAUGGGAUGUAAUUCAGAAUUCUAGCGGCUGCAACCGCUAUCCGGAACCCAUGAGUCCUGAAACAUUGUUCCGGUUGUAUAAAGAAGUUGGAAUAACCUAUAUUUGGAUUCCUACUCCAGAUAUGAGCACAGAAGGCAGAAUACGGAUGUUGCCACAAGCAGUUUACCUUCUUUUUGGGCUAUUAGAAAAUGGUCACACUGUCUAUGUUCAUUGCAAUGCUGGUGUUGGCAGAUCAACAGCUGCAGUCUGUGGCUUCCUCAUGUAUGUGAUCGGAUGGAGCCUUCGAAAAGUGCAGUAUUUCCUUGCGUCACGGAGACCUGCUGUCUACAUAGAUGAAGAAGCUAUGAUUAACGCUCAAGAAGACUUUCAUAACAAAUUUGGACAUCUUCGUUCCACUGUGUGUAGAAUAUAGUUGCACACCAAAGUAUAUAUAUAUAUAUAUAUAUAUAUAUAUAUAUAUAUAUAUAUAUAUAUAUAUAUAUAUAUAUAUAUAUAUAUAUAUAUAUAUAUAUAUAUAUAUAUAUAUAUAUAUAUAUAUAUAUAUAUAUAUAUAUAUAUAUUAAAAUAUAUAUAUAUGUUUGUGUGUAUGUAUAUAUUUAUAUUUCUCAUGGACUUCAUUAUAGUUUUUAGGAACAGAAUAAAAGUUCUGCAUAUUUUAUAAUA